AUGCUCCCCUCCAAAAUCUCCACCGACCGCCUAACCCUCCUUCGCCUCACAACCACCUCCCCAUCGCACCCCCACCUCCACCUCUUCCACGAAAACUGGUCCAACCCCACCGCAACCGCGUGGUCCCUACGUGGUCCCACGCACUCGCUCUCCGAAAGCCGCGAGUGGAUGCAAGAAUCCCUCUCCCGCUUCGACAACUACUUCUACGCCGUCUUCGCACAUACAUCCCAGCAUGAGGAAUUAGGAGUGCAUGUUGGAAGUGUGAGUUUGCGGCUUCAAGCAGAUGGUCCUACCUUACCUCCUCCUCCUCCUCCCCGACAAACUGGUCCCCACGAUCUCGAAGAGGAGAAGGAACGUGGAGAAGAUGAUUUACCACUUCGUGCACUGGGGUAUGCCAUGUUUCCUGAAGCAUGGGGGAGGGGUUACGGGACUGAGGCGAAUCGCGCCUUACUCGAUGCAUAUUCCGCAGCCGUAGCAAGGCAGAGUGGGGGAAAAGGGAAGGGCUACGUGGAGGCAGCGGUGGAUGACGAGAACGCAGGGAGUUUAGUUCUGAUAAGGAAGUUGGGAUUUGAAUGUGUGGGGUGGAAGGAGAGUGACAAGGUGUGGUUGAAUGGGGGGUGGAGGGGGGGAUAUUGGGUGUAUGGUCUCCACCUCCCACUUCCCUCUAGAAUAAGCCAUUAA